GAGUCGAAACAGAGCCCAUUGUGGUGUUGGAGAGGAGUGAGCAGCUGCUGGCAGAACAAGAAAAGAGCAAAUUCCGUGACCGUAACGGGACUCACAAUAAGCGGACAGAUAUGGACGUUGAAGCGCAACACGGACGCCGUUGUGCUUUGUGAGGAGGACCGCGUCGUCCGGUCGGAAAGAUCCGGUAUACGAAGAGUUAAGACUCGACAUCCCAACUGUUUAUUUCAGCAGCUAGCAGGCUAGCUGGCUAGAUACCUAAGAGCUAGAAAUGGGAAGCCCGUGUGAGUCGGCUUGAUAGAGAUCUUCGUCGAGCUUUGAAGAAGCAGCUCUCGGCUUUAGAUACCGUCGGCGGUGAUUUAAAGUAUCCGUUGGCCGCCUCGUAAGUAGCUGCAACUUUGAAGAAUGAUAUCAACUGAGCGCUAACCAUUUCACUACUACAGCCCCGGAGAGGGAAAAGUCAUACAGGACUGCUGGCGCAAGUUUGCUCACAAACAUCAGGAAGAGAGAACAUGAAGCACUGGCCACUGCCAGAGCCUGGCACAGGGCAGCUGUGCCAACCUCGCCCCUGCCUGCCACUUUAGGAGCUACCUGUUUGCACCAUGACGGAGAGGCAUUGAGGUUAGCUCCCUGACGAUCAUCUCAAUACCUCUCCUCCUCCCUAUCCCUCAAUACCCCCAGCCCCUGCCCCGUCCCCAUCAUGCUGCGCUUCUUGCCUCUCAAACUUGGCCGCCUGUACCGCUGUCUGAAGCUCCUGUUGGUGGUGGGAUUGUUUGUCAUCUUGUUGAUGAACACCCACAACCUGUUCGCCUCCUUCCAGAAGAAUGAGCUCACUGACAGACGAUUCAUCAACCUCAACAAGUGUCCCGCCUGCUUUGGCACCAGCUGGUGCCGUAAGUUCAUGAACGGCCAGGUUUCUUUUGAGACAUGGGGUCGAUUGCGAUUUCUAGACAUAUUCAAUGUCAAGAAUGUUUACUUCGCACAGUACGGCGAGCCCAGAGAGGGCACUCGCCGCGUGGUGCUCAAACGGCUCGGUUCAAACCAGGAGCUGGCCGAGAUAGACCAGAAAAUCUGCAAGAGGGCCACAGGCAGGCCACGUUGUGACCUCAUUCAGGCAAUGUACAAGACUGAAUUUGCCCGGAUCAACGGUGAUGUUCGCCUGCUCACUCCAGAGGUGGUGGAGGGCUGGUCAGACCUUGUGCACUGCCCCUCUCAAAGACUGCUAGACCGCGUGGUCCGCAGGUAUGCUGAGACCAAGGACUCAGGCAGCUUUCUGCUAAAGAACCUCAAGGACACAGAGAGAAUGCAGCUGCUGAUGACAUUGGCAUUCAACCCGGAACCACUCGUACUACAGAGCUUUCCGUCAGACGAAGGGUGGCCAUUCGCCAAGUACCUGGGAGCAUGUGGGCGCGUGGUUGCCGUCAACUACGUGGGCGAGGAGCUGUGGAGCUUCUACAACGCGCCAUGGGAAAAGAGGGUAGAUUUAGCGCGCCAGCUGAUGGACAUUGCCGAGCAACUCACAAACAAUGACUUUGAGUUUGCCCUCUACCUGCUCGAUGUCAGCUUUGAUAACUUUGCGGUCGGCCCACGUGAUGGAAAAGUCAUCGUUGUUGACGCCGAGAACGUUCUUGUGGCAGACAAAAGGCUGAUCAAGCAGAACAAGCCAGAAAACUACGACGUGUGGUAUGAGAGCCGUUUUGAGGAGUGUGACAGGGAGGCCUGCCUGUCUUUCUCCAAGGACUCCCUUUGUUCCAGGGUCACUGUGGACCACAACUACUAUGCCGUGUGCCAGAACCUGCUGUCACGGUACGCUACAUGGCGGGGCACCACCGGAGGCCUCCUCCACGACCCGCCCGCCCACAUAGCCAAAGAUGGACAACUCGAGGCUCUGUUGGACGAGUGCACCAGACCUAAAAAGCGCUACGGUCGCUUCCAGGCAGCCAAAGAACUGCGUGAAUACCUCACACAGCUAGCUGCCGCUUCCUCUUCUGCCACGGCCAGGUAAUGAAUGGAGUCGGCGUUAGCCUGACGCACUGAGAAACUGGAAUCUGUACUCUUUAUCUCUGGACUCUAGAGAUCCUGGUUCUUGUACAUGAUGUCAUUUGUUCCCCUUUGUGCGCUGGAGCAGGAAGGUGUUAGGUCUUGCAUCAGGAAAUGUAAGAAUCAAACUUGAAAGCGGAUUUGUUAAAGCUCUAGCUUUUACCUGACUUUGCUCCCGUCUGAAAGAGGAGUGUGGCGCUACAAAAUUCUGGUUAGGACCAGGAUAGAGAAGGGGAUAGAGGUAACUUCUCCCCUCCCAGGGUGGGCUGCCAUCUCUGGGGGGAGAUAAGAAAGGGCUCUGGUAAACGCAUCCUUCACUGGACCCAGGCUAACGCAAACCAGAGCGUCCAAGUAACAGCAGCAGCAACGUCACGCAGCCCUGACCACAUCCAUCCUCCUGUUCACACCUCAAUCCAUCAGAUCUGUUGUGUUUUAUAACAUUGAAACUUACCAACUGUUUCAUUUUGCCCCUGCAAUAUCUUGAUUUUUUGUGUUUUCUUUUCAGGGCUGAACUUAUGUCGAUUGGUGCGUUUACAUUUUUUGCUGUGCCAUGGCUUUUUUUCCUCUGUAACACUGCUGCAGGGAAGGUGGAGGUAGCAUGAAUCUCCUACUGUCAGACAGCAGGGAAGGCUGAGCUACAGCAGGUGGAGGGGAGAGACAGGGGGCUGGGGGUCUGGAUUUAAUUCAAGAGAAAAAGAAAACCCUUGACAGCUAUAUAAGUAUAAUUUCCUGCUACUCCACUCAAUCACUCGAUUUCCAGGUUCCAGAAUUGUGGCAAUCAUCUUUUUUUUGUGUUUCUUUUUUCCUUUUAUUAGGAACCAGAGAGAGUAAGACAGCUGCAGAUAGGAAAAAGAAGGCGAUAAUUGGACAUUGGUAGUCCCUUGAUGCAGAUGUGCCUAUACCAAAGAGGCUAUUUGUAAUUUUAAGAACAGUGAGCAGUACAAAGACAGCACCUUUCCCUCCAGUUGUUCCCCACUAGAUCUGUCCAAAAGAACUGUACACAAUCUUAUGAGCUUUCAGGCCUGCAUACUGAUUUGACCUCUCCUAGGAACCAAAUCCAGAGGUAUCUAAGACAGAAAUUGGCUCUGCCUAAUGUCAGACUUGUUUUUCUUCAACAAGCUGGAAAAUUCUUGACUGAACAGAAAAUGAAUUGAUUCUUAAGAGGACUAGAAAACAUCGUAAAAUCGUAUAUUAGUGGCCUCCAGUGCCAGAUUCUCUUUAAAUGUCUAUAAUUGAUAAAUGAAUCCUAUUGUCAAAUCGAUCCCACUUGUAUUGAGUGCACUAUGCUCAGUCAAGUCAACGGUAUUAAAGGGAAUAAAGAUAUCCUAAAUUACUUUCUUGCUUCAGAACCGGCAUCCGACCUGUACGUUUCAAUUUUGCAGGCUAGAAAUUUCUGUUGAAUAUUUAAACGCUCAGCACCACUUAGAGGUUGGGUUGAUUUUACACUCAGUGGACCAACAAAUUAAAGCAUAAUCACAAAUAUAGGCUCAUUUGGUAAUGGAUUAUGAGAGAUCUUACUUAAAUGAAAAAAAAAUCCUGUCUCUGGCUUCAUGUUUUGUACGUCGACCGUUUUGAUGUUGUAAAUCAGAUGCUAAAUGCCCAGUGGAGUGUUGUGUAGCACAGCCAACAGACAGGCCAAUAAUCAACUUAAUAUGAGCUAUUCCAUCUGCGGGGAAACUAGAAAGCACAGCAGUUGCUUUUUUGGCCUUCUGUAAGACCGGGAGAGCUGAUGUGACCAUUACCAGUAAGGAAAAGCAAUAAAGAUGAGUUUGGCUAAUGGAUUUUUGAUUUCUAACCCCACCUCCUUCCCUCCUUUGUUGUGUUAAAUAUAUUUGUUACCCCAGUCUGGAGGAUGGUCAACCUGGAGGGAUUUGUUCAUGCGUAACUGUCCACUUUUGUACUGUAUUUUUUCUUUCGAGUAUAUCAGCAUUGUCUGAUUUUUCCUGUGCCUUUCAUUCAAAAGUUGUAUUUACAACUUUUAGUGGGUUUAAAUAUUAAAAUAAAUGAAGAUAUAUAUAUAUAUAUAUAUAUAGAUAUAUAUACACUUACA